AUGUGGUGUCUGCUCGUCUUCCUCGUCGUCAGCUUGGCUCUUGCUCAACCACCGCCACAUGGGCCUCGGCGGAUGCCACCAGAGUUCGAAAAAGUUCUGCCACCGAACAUCGUUCAACAGAUGAAAGCAGUCGAUGCAGAUACUUCUUUGUCGCCUCAGCAACAUCACCAGAAGAUCGACGCGAUUAUGAAUUCGGUACCAGGUGAAAUCCUCGCCAAACUACCACCCCCGCCAUUCAUCAAAGAUUUACCGGCAGAUGUUCGUGCUAAAGUCGAACAAGUUCACCAUGACACGUCACUUACUUGGAGUCAACGUCAUCAAAAAGUCCAUGCUAUCCUUGAUUCGCUGCCGCCUGAGCUUCGCCCACAUCCACCACACGGACCAGGAGGACACAGAGGACUACCGCCCGGUUUCAAGGAGGUUCUGCCCAAAGAAGUUUUGCAGCAGUUGAAGCUGAUCCAGGACAACGACGCGUUGACUGAAGAACAAAAACACGAGAAAUCUGAUAAGAUAUUUUCCUCGUUACCAACUGAGAUCGUCGACAAACUUCCGCACCCACCAUUUUUCAAGGAUCUUCCAAAAGAAACACAGGAACAGAUUAAGCAGAUUCGUCGAGAUAAGAGUAUGUCAUGGCAUGAACGUCACCAAAAGAUCCAUGCGAUCAUUGAUGCGCUACCAGAUGAUAUUAGACCUCGACACCCACCACGACCACACCGAGGAAGACCAAAAGGAGGAGACCUGCCGCCUGGCUUUGACGAAGUUCUACUUGAAGAUAUCAUGCAGAAAGUGAACGACAUCAAGACAGGAACAGCGCCUUAUCUGACGAGGUAUCUACGCUAUGUGGCCCUAGUGACAGUUGUCCAUUUCGAUGCAUCACUAUCGAUUCUCUAA